GCCGCCUCAGCUGCCCGAGAGGAGCUGGGGGAGGACGGUGGCCCGCGAGGCUCGCCGCAGACAACGCGGCGGCGAUGUCCGCGAGCCAGGCGGGAGCCGCGGCGGCAGCGGCGGGUCCUUGCGCACGGCAGGGCGGCCUGGGCUUCGGCCUCCCUCCGGUUCCUAGGAAGCGGGCCGACGGCCAGCGCGGGAGCAGCAGCGGCAGAGACGGAGCCUCCGGCGCGUCUCUCUCCUCCCCUUGAGCCUGAGCCGGGGGAGGCCAGGCGGCCGGGGUGGCUGGAGGGGGGUCCGCUGCCCGAGAAUGGGAAUUCUCUUCACCAGGAUAUGGAGACUGUUCAAUCACCAGGAGCACAAAGUUAUCAUUGUUGGGCUGGAUAAUGCGGGAAAAACUACCAUCCUUUACCAAUUUUCUAUGAAUGAAGUUGUACAUACGUCCCCAACAAUAGGAAGUAAUGUAGAAGAGAUAGUGAUUAAUAAUACACGUUUUCUAAUGUGGGAUAUUGGUGGCCAAGAAUCUCUUCGUUCUUCGUGGAACACUUACUAUACUAACACAGAGUUUGUAAUAGUUGUUGUGGACAGUACAGACAGAGAAAGGAUUUCUGUAACUAGAGAAGAACUCUAUAAAAUGUUAGCCCAUGAGGACCUAAGGAAAGCUGGAUUGCUGAUCUUUGCUAAUAAACAAGAUGUUAAAGAAUGCAUGACUGUAGCAGAAAUCUCCCAGUUUUUGAAACUAACUUCUAUUAAAGAUCACCAGUGGCAUGUCCAGGCGUGCUGCGCUCUUACUGGCGAGGGAUUAUGCCAAGGACUUGAAUGGAUGAUGUCACGACUUAAGAUUAGAUGAUCUCUACUGACCUAUUCUCAUAGACUUUGUAUAAAUGAAGUGCUGGACUUUACCUGAAAGCUGCAAAAAUUAAUGGUUUAGAUAUAUUUAUAAUAAACUGAUUUAAACAGUUAAACUUUUUCUAUAAGAAGAAAAAUUAAGACCACUUAUUUGAAAACAAAGAUGAAGUCUCACCUUUCCAUCUGCUUUCUCAUUAGUUCCUUCCAAAGCAAGGUCUUAAAGCUGUGAUGGACAUUUUUCUCAUAAAGAAUCCUCUCAGGACAUUGUGUAGCCUGUGGUAAGUACAAAGGGAGAGGAGGAUAUUUUUAACUUUAAGAGCUUUAUUAUCAAAAGUAUUUUGGAUAGGGUUGUGUAGGUAUUGUGUAUAUACCUCAAAUUUGAGUUAAUGGCUUUGAUUUAUGUUCUUAAAAAAAGGAAAUAACACAAAAAUUAAUAAUAUCCUUAGUUAGAACCAUAAUGAGAUGAGUACUGGCAUUGGUGGUAAGUGCCAUUUUGUACUUCCCCUAUGUUCUCUGUAUCAUACUAACCAACCCCCAAAUCAUUGAGCUGCUCUUAAAAAAGAAAGGAAAGAAAAAAGAAAGGAAAAAGCUUGACAUUGUGUACCUAAUUUUUUGUUGACCAAAUCACAUACGUGGAAACAUGUAGUCCAGCUGAGUGAAAUAUCUGUCAUAUUCUUGACUCAGUAUUACUAAUGGGCAGAAUUGCACAUUGAGCAGUCACCAGAUUGCUCCCUUUACUGGACCUCAUGCCAUCUAAAUUUACUGAGUAAAUUGUUAAUCCAUUUUCAGUCAAUCAUUAAUUGUGAUUAAAAUUAUCAAGUGAUUUUUUUCAGCAUUAAUUGGAAACUGUUGCGUGAAAUAUGUCUACCCAGAGAAGAAAUAUCACACUAUAAAUAUUAUCAAAUAAUUUAGCUACAGUCUUCUUAGAUAUUAAAUUUUAUGUCAAGCAUUUAAAAGUCAAUUUGAGAUGAAAAGUAAAGCAUAUUUUCUAAGCAACAAAGAUAAUUUCUUAAUUUGAAAGUUUCUUAUUUCUUAACUUAGGAGUUGGAAUAGUUUGAGGGUUUUUUUUGUGUCUGUAAGUUUUCCUCUAUCAUCUUAAACCACACGAGUGCAUUGUUUGACAAUUACAAAAUAUGAAUCCUUUUUAAUGCUUUUAAGGAUUUGGUUUAAAUACUGAUCAACAUAAUGUAUUAUUUUUACUAAGAAGUGACUUGGCCCCAAAACCUUUUACGUUUGCUAGGUUUUUUUUUUUCCCCCAGCAUCUGAAAGUCUAAAGUAUUUCUGUUAUAAAUGUAAACAAACUUAUCCUAAAUGUGUUAAAACAUAUUCUUGGGUACUCUGUUGGUAUAUCUUUCAUGCCCUGAAAAUCUGGUGACUAAUCCCAAACUGGCAUGUUUUAGAAUAUUCAAGAAAAAAAAACUACUUUUAAUACCAACCUUUUAGAUUUCAAAGAUUUUGAUGAGAAAUAAUAGUACAUACUAUAAGUAUUGACAAAACUUUGAAAGUUCCUUUCUAUAAAAUAUAAAAUGCUCGUUAUAUAAAUCUAAGUCAGGCAUGGGAAAUCAGUGUUUAAAAUUAGAUGUUUUGUGUUUUAUAUUUAUAUUAUAAUGUUCAAAAUGCAAGUAUAACAUUUUAAUAUUUGUCAACUUGCUUUUACAAAAGUAAAUCCUAAAUUACUAAGCUUUAUUUGUUCAUAUAUCCUCAUACUUUUUCAAAUCACUGUAAGAAAUUGCUUGUAUAUUAAAAAUCCAAAUCUGUUUUGUAGAUGUUGCAUUGUCAUCAGAGACAGAUAUUCUGUAAAGUAGCCCAGCAAAUCCACACCUUUUAUCCUUUUUGUCUUUUAAUUUGAAUAACCAUGGUUUAGUCCCUUGAAUUGCUGCCACAUCAGUUCAACAAUAUACCAGCACAUUCCCUUGUCAUCAAGGUGUUAGCCAAAAUUUAUUCUUAAUUGGAUGUUUAAAGCAUGUACUGCGUUGUUACAGUUGGUUUAGUGAUUGACAUGGCAUUAUGAGAAUGCAUGAAAUCUUUUACCACAUUUAUGAAACAUGCUUUUUUUUGUUAUAUUCUACCCUCCAGGCCAAGCAUUAGAAAAAAGGUGGUACCUUUAUACUUGUGCAUAAAACCAAAAUUACAAUGGGAAAAAAUUUUUUUAAUUUAUGUACGAAAAUACAUCGAAAUCAUUGUAACAGUAUUACUUCCAAAUAACAUGGAGAGCCUCAUGAAUAUUGGUGACUUAUAUGUAGUUUUUAAGUGGAAUUAAGCAAAGGGCAAUGGUUUUGGUUUUUUAAUAUGCUACUUUUGGGUGUAAACAAACAUUUUAUUUAGGGUUAUUAUGCUCAGCUUUGAAAAGAACAAAGCUUCAUACCUCUGUACAUGUGUCUGGAUUUAAAUAUCCUAUGUUUGAUACUAAUUUUGAAAGUUGUGUAACUUCUCUUGAUAUCUUGGUAAAAGUAACCAUAUUGCUAUACGCAUUUAAAUAUGUUUAAUUUUGUCAUAUUGCAUUUAGGAAGUAUAUCUUACACAGUCUAAUAAGGAUUCUUGUUUGAAAUUUUUCAGUUCUAUCUUCUUUGGCCCUCAUGGAUGGGCAAAGAAUACAUUGAAGGCAGGUAGUUUGGGAGGCAGGGGAAAGUGGGUAGGGGAUAUGACAUUUUGCCUUAAGAAUAAAAAAGUGCUUCAGCACUGCUGUCUGGCAUUUUUAAUGCAGGUAAAGUGCUUUUAGAAGCGUGGCAUGGAAUAGAAAAGAGUUUCUGUUUUCUGGUCUUCAAGAAGUGCCUAGUAGGUAGUGACAGUAAGAUCACAGAGAAGUGCAGGGCACUGAGGAAGGGCCGGAAGUCCCUGAGAUGUUCUUUUCUUUUCUGUCUGAGUGUAUAGUAUUAAGAUGUCUAGAAAUGGGAUUCUGUUGUCCCCUCUCACAGGCACUUUACAUCUCUUGCUGUGACUACGGCAACCACAUACAGUACAGACAACCUCAAAAUUUGUUUAUAUUAGUGCACAUAGAAAAACUGUAGACAGCUUUCUAGUUUCCUCUGCGGGCAUUUUUGGGAAUAUAUCUGUAGUGUGUUCUACUUUGUAUAUAGGGGGUGGUAGCACAUCCCAGAUUAUCUGUGGACUUUGGAGUCAUCUUCUCUCAGUUACCCAAUCGUAUCCUGGAAUCAAUCCAUCUUUCAAGGCUGGGUAGAGACAAGGUUUCUUUGCAUGACUUAACUUUGAACCCUCCCACUGUCCAAAUAUAACCUGGAACUUCUUGCUUUAGGAUUGGCUUUCCCAUAGCUCAGCCAUCCCCUGCUCUCCUGUAUCUUCAUUGCCCAUCAACGAAGAUACGUUAUCUCGGUCCUAGAGAUAUUCUAGACUUUACCCAUAUCCACUGUUCUCCAAACCACUAGUUUCUAAGUUGGUUCUCUGGUUCUUUGCUCUCCGCCACUGGCUUGAUUCAUUGAUUUGCACUUUGCUCAUUAGAGAGUAUUAUCAGAGUUGUUGAGUACCUCACAAGACUGGCUUGCUGUGUGCACAGCACAUAAAUACAUACCAGCAGUAGAGUCCUUUAAAUUGUACUCUAUUUAACAUUUUAAUACUUCUUAAUUUUAGCUUCUCACACUGAAAGGUAGAUUCAGAAAGAUAAGAGAACUACCUAGACUGCCAGCUCCUUGAGCUACUAGUUAGAUGUGAAAGGGAUUAAGUUAUAUGUGUAUUAUCUUCCCAUUACCAAAAAUAAGUUACGUUUUGAGGAAUAAAAGACACCAAACCAAAUUCAUAUGUAGUGUUUAACCUGAAGACAUCCCCACAACCUUAAAACCGUAGACCACAUUCCAUUUUUUUCCCUCAUGUUUACUUAAAGAACAAAAGUAAACAUUAGCUGUCUAAAGGAAUUAGUAAUGAGAAGCCUAUCUUUACAAAAUAAACCUGUUGAAAUGGACUGUAAAAAACAUCAAAAUUGUCAAUCACCAUGUAUUGACACUAUAGAUGCAGAUAUAAUAUAGACAAUACUUUUUUAAAGUUCCACUUACACAAAAAAUAAAACUUCUAUAUCAUGCUCCCUCAAAGAAUGUACGAUAAUUUUAAGACCAGAAUGGUGGAGUAAAGGAAAGAAAGAGAGAAUUUAAAAACCUUGGAUGCUAAAAAGUGACUGCUUCUAUUAAAUCCUAAAAUCGUGUGUGGGAUUGUGAAGAAAUUGUAACAGGAUACAGUUGGAUUAAUUAUGCAAUAUUUCUUAUCGAAUGUCUAGCCCUUGUGUAUUGUUCUGAAAACUAAAGUUUGAAUCUUUAUGGUCUUGCCUGCUAGAUAUUGUGUUCUUUGGUAGAAAAUUCCCAUAGUCUGUACUCAACAAGUGCCUAAAACUGAUUUUUGUUGAUUUUUUAAGUCCAUCUAAUAAAUUAUACAUGUUUUCUAUGGUAUUAUAUGUGCUUGGCUUACUGAUGAUACAGCCUUGAAGGUUUUUAAGUCAUAAUUUUUGCUUGGUUUGACUAAAAAGCCUCGAAACUGAAAAUACCCAUCCUAACCCUGAGUAAACCAUAGGUUAAGGAAGCACGAGCAAAACCAUUUUUUCUCUUUCCUAAUAUAAAUAUUCCAUGACCCUGGUGUUAGUUAAUGCAGAGACUAGAAAAAUAGACUCUAUUUCUGUUUUUUUAAAAUAAUUUUAACACACAGAAAAUUAUAUUGUGUUUUAAAAUCUUAGUAAAAGUUUGUUGCUUGUUUAAGAGUAGCCUCUUAAUUCUCAUACUUAGUGGUUAGUAAUUUUGAGUCAUAUCAUUUAGAUCUUGAGCCAUUUCAUGUGUGUGCACACCAGAAUCCUUCCUCUUUAGAUUCUCCUUAUAAAAUGAAAUAUUUGCUAGAACUCUACUAUGUUUCUCAUGUUCAUUCUUCCUUCCUUCCUUCCUUCCUUCCUUCCUCCCUCCCUCCCUUCAUUCCUUCUUCCUUUCCCCUCCCUCCCUCCCUUCCUCCCUCCCUGCCUUCAUUCCUUCCUUCUUUCUUCCUUUCCCCUCCCUCCUUCCCUCCCUCCCUUCCUCCAUUCCUUCCUUCUUUCUUCCUUUCCCCUCCCUCCUUCCCUCCCUCCCUUCCUCCAUUCCUUCCUUCUUUCUUCCUUUCCCUUUCCUCCUUCCCUGCCUUCAUUCCUUCCUUCUUUCUUCCUUUCCCC